CCGAGCUUUGGAAUCAUGGCUGCGAUUUCCAAUAAGCGUAAGAGCAGCUCGGAGCGCACUGCGCACAGGGAAGAACAAGGCAGUGCCAACUGGGAGCUGUACUUGCGAAGGAGAAGCCUCAUCCAGCAGUUCCUGCACUCCAGCCUGAGCCUCCACUACCUCCAGCAGCAACAGGACAAGGUUCAGCUUCUGAAGAGGUGUUCCUUUUACUUGGAUAUUGAGCCCAAACAUGUGAACGUGAGAGACCAGAACCACGUGAUGCAUCGCACCGAGAUCCUGCAGCUCAUAGACCGCCAGCGGCUCCAGAGGAUGCGGAAGGUGGGAAGAACCCAGACCGAAAUCCAGCUGUUGCUUCUAACGGAGCUGUUGGAACAGCUGCAACAAGGUUGGGAGGAGUUGAGCUUCUAUGUAAAGGCCUGUGACAUGCUAACUUUCCUCUCCCACUGGGACGUGAUUAGGCAGAAACUGUCGAAGCUCACCGGAUUUAUGGAAACUCUCCUUUCCUUGGAAUUUCCAGGGAAGAUCUGUGUCAAGCACAGCCUGGUGUCCCAUGCGGACCUUACAGGUACCAGACCCCCCAGCAUUAGGCUUUCCCUCUAUACCAAGAUGCCAGUGGUUUUCGAUCGCAAAGAAUCUUUUGCACACAAGAACUGGGCCAGGCUCAAGUGGUUUACUGAGAAUCAGGAGUCACACGUGGAAAAAUGCGAGCUGAGCUUUAACUUACUGACCGUCGGCUUGGAAGUGGGAUUCGGUAGGACCCACCAAGUCAGCUCCAACUCAUGCAUAGUCCCGGACCUGAAGCCUGGCAGAUCAUACGAGUUCACCAUUAGAAGAGUACCCGAACGUACACUUGUCUUUGGAGAGUGGCGUGACACCAUUAUUCUGACAACUUACACCGCAGAAGACAUGGAGAGCAGCACUUGUGCACCAGAAGGAUGAGGUGACACGCAAGAACAUGCUUCUCAUUUUAUUCAUUUGGAGCCAUAUGAGUGAGAACUAUUAAAGGCGAACUUAAUUUUUAAGCAUUAGGAGUAAACCUGACCUCGUUCUUGUUUUGAACAACAGUUUUAUGAAUGGCUUCCCCAAAUCCUUCCAGGUUCCAACCUUCUCACACUAAACAACAUCCUUUGGCAGUGUCAGGACUCAACACUUCCCCCUGCCAGAACUCACAGGUGGCAGCAGCGAGAAGCAGGCAGACACCUUGGAGUUAGAUGAUCUUCAAGGUGCUUUCCAACCCAAACCAUUCUAUGAUUCUAUGCAAAGCACAGGAUAUAGAAGCAUCUCCAUCACCCACGGCUGUCCAUCCACCGAAAGAUGCCCAGUGCCAGCUCUUGCAAUGCUGUUUUGUUUCUCCCCCCACCUAAAACACCUGAACUGAAUCCUAAGCUCUCAAAUCACUCACUUUGAUUUAUCUCCAUCUCUAGUUCCUCUCACCCUCUACGCACUGGCGUGUACUGCAGUUAAUGCAGUACCAUUUGGUUCAGUCCAUACAGAGCCAUCCCCACACGGAUU